AUGGCGUUAGGGAGAUACUCUAGGCUUGAUGAUAAGAAAUCAUCAUCGUCUGGUUAUUGCUCAACGGCAACUAUAGUGGUUUUCGUAGCCCUAUGCUUAGUUGGGGUGUGGAUGAUGACAUCAUCAUCUGUUGUUCCUGUACAAAAUACGGACGACGUGGCUUCUCAGGAGAGCAUGAGUGAAUUGAAGACACAAAUGGAUGAGAGCAGCAGUGGUAGCAAUGCAGCAAGUGGCGAGAUGAUGAGUACUAGUUCAGGUGAUGAGCCAAAGUCAAAACCAUUCGACAGUAGCAGUAGCAGUGAGAGCAACAAUAAUAAAAAUAAUGCUACUGACGACGAGAAUAGCUCAGGUGACGAUGAGGCCAAGUCAAAACCAUUCGAAAGCAGUAGUAGUAGUAGUGGUAGCUUUGAGAGCAACAAUGCUAGUGACGAGAAUAGUUCAGGUGAUGAUGAAGCCGCCAAGUCAAAGCCAAAGCCAUUUGAGAAUGCUACUACUAGUUCAGGUGAUGAGGCCAAGUCAAAACCAUCCCAGAGUGAUGAGGCCAAGCCAAACUCAUUCAAGGAUAACUUACCUGUUGAUGCAAACACUGUAAUUCCGGAGGAAAAGAAUACAAGUAGUACCGAAGAUGCAAAAACCACCCAAGAGGUGAUUGAAGAGAAACCCAAGGAAGAUGAAGAAUCUUAUAAGGGUGGUGUGUCAGAUAAUGUGGAAAUUGAAGAACCACCCAAGGGAGGGGAUAAAGAUGCUGCUGAAACAGGAGAUAAAAAUGAAAGAGAACAAGUCUCGGAUGUGAACAAAUUCAAUGAUGCUGAAAAGAAACCAGAAGAAAUGAAAGAUAAGGAAAAUGGUGAAAUAGAAGAGAAGGUGGAUGAUAAAAAGGACCAAUUCCAAGAAGGUUCUGCAGAGGGCAAAGGUUCUGGUGAGAAUAAAGAGCCUUUGAGUGAAGUGUUUCCUUCAGUGGCUCAGUCUGAGCUUUUGAACGAAACAAACACACAAAAUGGGGUAUUUUCAACCCAGGCAAUGCAGUCAAAGAAGGAAAAGUUAGCAGAAAAGUCUUUAAAAUUAGAUAAUAAUAAAGGAAAUGGGUACAGCUGGAAAGUGUGUAAUGUGAGUGCUGGGUGUGAUUACAUCCCUUGCCUUGAUAAUCUGGAAGCCAUUAAGAAGCUCAGAACUACUAAGCAUUAUGAACACAGGGAGAGACACUGUCCAAAUGAUCCGCCCACUUGCGUUGUUCCACUUCCCAAAGGAUAUCAACGCUCAAUUAAGUGGCCUACAAGUAGGGAAAAGAUUUGGUACCGUAAUGUUCCACACACCAAGCUUGCAGAUUUUAAGGGACAUCAAAAUUGGGUGAAGGCUAAUGGUGAAUACCUUACCUUCCCUGGUGGCGGAACUCAGUUUACACAUGGUGCUCUUCAUUAUAUUGAUACUAUACAGAAGUCUGUGCCUGAGAUUGCAUGGGGAAAACGUACACGUGUUGUAUUAGAUGUUGGGUGUGGGGUUGCGAGCUUUGGAGGCUAUCUUUUUGAUAGAGAUGUGUUGACUAUGUCAUUUGCUCCCAAAGAUGAGCACGAAGCUCAGGUUCAGUUUGCACUGGAAAGGGGUAUUCCUGCUUUAUCUGCUGUCAUGGGUACAAAGAGACUUCCCUUCCCUGGUAGAGUAUUUGAUGUUGUCCAUUGUGCACGGUGUAGGGUGCCCUGGCAUAUUGAAGGUGGGAAACUUGCGUUGGAGCUGAAUCGUAUGCUCCGUCCUGGUGGUUACUUUGUGUGGUCUGCUACACCAGUCUACCGCAAAAAUCAGGAGGAUUCUAGGAUCUGGGAAGCGAUGACGAAUCUGACCAAGUCAAUGUGCUGGGAUUUAGUUUCAGUUACUAAGGAUAGACUUAAUAAAGUAGGUAUUGCCAUAUAUAGAAAGCCUUCUUCCAAUGCGUGCUAUGAACAAAGACCACAAGAUGACCCUCCACUCUGCUACCAAUCCGAUGAUCCCGAUGCAGCCUGGAAUGUGGAUUUACAAUCUUGCAUGCACAAAGUGCCUACCAGCCCAUCAGAACGGGGGUCUAAGUGGCCACAAGUGUGGCCUGCUAGGUUGGAGAAAUCUCCUUAUUGGUUACUGAGUUCCCAGACAGGUGUGUAUGGGAAACCAGCACCAGAGGAUUUCGCUGUUGAUUAUCAACACUGGAAACGAGUGGUGACCAAGACUUACCUCAAUGGAUUGGGAAUAGACUGGUCUACUGUUCGGAAUGUCAUGGAUAUGCGUGCCAUCUAUGGAGGAUUUGCAGCAGCUCUCAAGGAGUUGAACGUAUGGGUUAUGAACGUUAUUUCAAUAGAUGCUCCUGACACGCUACCCGUAGUUUAUGAGAGAGGUCUGUUUGGAAUGUAUCACGACUGGUGUGAAUCAUUCAGCACAUACCCCAGAUCUUAUGAUCUUCUUCAUGCUGAUCACCUCUUCUCCAAGAUUAAAAACAAGUGCGGCUUAGCAGCAUUGGUUGCAGAGGUUGAUAGGAUCUUGAGACCCGAAGGAAAGCUCAUAGUCCGUGACAGUUUGGUUGUUAUAGCUGAACUGCAAUCGAUGAUGAGGUCUAUGCACUACGAGAUUCGCAUGACAUAUUCAAGGGACAAGGAAGGACUGCUCUGCGUGAAGAAGACAAUGUGGCGCCCCAAGGAAGUGCAGACACUCACUUAUGCAAUUCAGUAAGUUAGGCAUGCAGGCACCCUGCCUGCCUUUAAUUUAAUUUGUUGCCAUGCCUCACACUACAACUACCUUAGCUUCUUUUCUGUCAUUUCAUGAUCAUGUGUUACUAUACCAAUCAAUU